CGACCGCGCCGACCGUACUAAUUACCAUGUCCUCUGAAUUUUCUAUUUAGGCGUAAUCGUAUUUUUGUUUUACUCUUAAAUAUGUGCGACAGAGAAGAGGGAGAAAUCGUAGAAGCGAUUUUGUAACUGCAUGCAUUCAUGUUUCUCUCAAAACAUGAACAUGUGGCCGCAUCUGACGCAGGAUGCUGGAAGGAGCAGCUGGGAGCAGCCUCCCGCACGUCACGUGUCGCUCCGUCUUGGUUGCCAUUUAGCAACGGCCGGUGUGUAAACAUAGAUGGCUGCCUCCAAACAUCAAAUCUUCUCGAGACGUUCUCGCGACGCCUUCUCGUGUGACCAUGUGCCCGAGGAUAUACUUACCUCUUUACAUCUCACAUCGAGUAAUGACUAACGAGGUUUGACCGAGCGUGUUAGUCAACGUCGUCUCGAGGUUCUAGACAAUACUCUUCGUCGGGUUUGAGAAUUUCGAUUGAUAAUGGCAGACGAUCCGAAUCGUGACAUCUUGCCGGUAAAGGAAGGUUCCGGCGCGGACACGAUCAUCAGUGCGAUAGAUCUUAGAGAACGUCAUCUCGUUUGCAAGCUCGAUCGCUAUCAGCUGGAGGACAAGUAUCUACGUUUACUUGACGAGGCGAGCAAUCUGAAGAAAUUAUCCAACUGUCAGGAGGAUAAGAUCAAGCGACUCGGGACGAAGCUGAUUAGACUGGCCGGUAAUCCAAGAUCGUGCGGAAUAGCGUUAGAUAUCGCCGAUGACAGGAAUAGAAUAGCCGUUCUGGAGCUUGAAAAUACCAAGCUGAAGGAGAAAAUCGUCGUGAUGAGAAAUCAAUUGUUGAGUCACACGAUGAGCGGCAGGUCGUCGUCGCGCAGCCGUAAUCUCGUUAGACCAUCGUCUUCCGGGCUUGUGACGUGUCGAAGCGAGAAUAACCGCGUGAGAGCGCCGUCCUGUCAAUGCAUCGUCGGGGCAGGGGACGACGAUAACGACAUGCAAAAUUACCUCGUUAAAAUCGAGAAACUGGAGACGCAGAAGAAAGAUAUGGCAUGUCGUAUAACGGAGUUGGAGAAAGAGCUGGUGCACGUGACCAAUAAUCAAAAGGAGAAGGUGGCAGAAAAUGUAGAAUAUAUACGAGUGUGGCGACAAAUGAAGCAACUGAACGACAAAUUGAUGACGACUCAGGAAAAAAAUUCUCUACUGACCACCGAAAUUAAUAAUUUGAAAAUAACUCUUGAACAAACGACGAGAAAUAAUCAGGAGAUCGCGGCCGUUCUUUCCUCGGAGAGAACGCGCAUAGCCGAGAUCGAUGGCCAGAUGUUGAAGGCAAAGACGUCACAGUUCACGUUACGCGAAAAAGAUGACCAGAUACGGGAUCUUAUGAGCGAAAUUAAAAUAUUGCAACAACAUAACAACGAACUUAUUGUGCUGACAUCGAAAAAUGGGCAAAUCGAAAUGGAGAAUAUUGAAUUAAAAAAAAGACUCUCCGACGACGCUCAGCAGCAACAGACUUUAAAAACAGCAUUUCACAAAGAGCAAGUUGACAUUGAAGCGUUAAAAGCUACUAAUGAGCAAUUGCUUACGAAAUUUCAAGAAUUGCAGACAAACAUAGAUACCUUGACGGUUCAACUAACGUCUUUGCAUACGCAAGAUAGGAAGCACGAGCAAUAUGCGUGCAUGGAACAAUGCAAGAAAUGUUGCGAAAUGUAUGAUAAAUUUAUGCAGCUAGAAAAAACUGCCGGCAUUCCUCGGGAAGAUUGGCAGUCGGCAGACAAAUCAGUACAGACGGUUAAUACUGGCACAAAGGAACAGGGUACAAUGAUAAUUUCGAAUAAUGAAGAUAAAACAUUGGUGCAGUCGCCGUCGAAGGAAUGGAAGACGAAUCAGGAAGCAAAUGGCACGAGCGUUUUGUCUCGAGAGAAAAUAUUAAAACUAUUGGAUCAGGCACAAAUUAACACACCUUUGGAUGCAUCGAGGAUUACUCCGAAGGAAGAGUACGCGAGCAUUUUGGAUGUAGCUCAGAGGCACAGUGAUGGAGAAAUGUCAUCUCAGGGUGAUACAUCAAACUCUGUAAAGGAAAUAUCACAGAAAAGACUCGCACAUUUGGAGAAUUCGAACACGUUAGAUCAAGUGAUUUUGAUUUUAUUCGACGCUUUACAAGAAUGUUUAUUAUUUAUUGAUGAAAAAUUAUCGUGCCAUCAAAUAUCUACGAUUGGCAAUUCGCUAACUGAUGUCAACAAUAAUGAUUUUCCUGUGAUAACUACUCGCGAUGUUAAACAACGUGAUUUUUGCGCAGGAACAGCGGAAAAUUUCGAUUCUGAUUAUACAAGCCGUUGUGUUCAAUCGACUGCCGUUUACUCCAAGAUUUAUGAUUUUGCUUGUAAAAAAAAAUCUGCAAGCACCUUAACGAGAGAUAUCGGUUUAUCGAAAGAUACAUUUGAUUCUACUUUCUGUCCUAUAAUUCACAAAAAAUCAUCGUAUCGAGAUAUUAGUAAAGAUAUCUGCGCAGAAAAGAUGAUAAAGUUAAAAAGAUUAAAAUCGCCCAAAUGUAAUUUAACGUGUCACUUGCGCAAAGCGAAAGAUCCGCUGUCCCUGCAGGAGAAGUGUAAAUUACCUUGUAAAAUCGAAUGUUUGAAAGACAGGAUGAAGUUACCCACCACGGUGUACCCAAUGGAAUGUUUUCCUUUAUUAAUUACUGACAGGCAAGGUCUCCUUGAGAUUCACAUUUCACGGCUACAACUUUGCACAUCGGUCACAAAAAUCCCGAACGAAGAUGAUAUAUGUAAUCUUCACAUUUACGUAAGCUGGGAUAUUUGGGACGAGAAGACCGCUUACACGCCGAGACUGAAGUGCCCCAAUCUGAUCUUCAACUCGUCCUCCGUAUAUCGCAUAGCGGAUCUCUUUUUCUUCUUCAAGAAUGUGCUGUUGGACUACCUCAUCUUUCGAGUGAAUAUCGUUCGCCGAGAUGGUACCAGCUACACGGUCGCCCGAGCGAAGGUUUCUAUCAAGGACAUCUUGGAUUAUCCGCAGAACAAGUUGCAUUACAUCGUUCCUGUGAACAGCGUCAUUGCUUGCUCCUUUGGCGUUAAUUACGGCCAACUGUCAUUGUGGGUCCGGUUGAGCUGUAACGUUGACAUGGUCGAGGCUUUUAAGAAGCAAUGCGGCAUAACCUCGUUGAAAGAUGUGUCUCCAAUAAAAAAGAAUAUGUUCCAGGAAUCUUUUCCUUACAGACGUCCUACGAGACAAGUCACUGACGAGGAGUCGUUUAAAGAACAACAAAAAAAUGAUAAUUCGGUACCCGAAGAUUCAAUGUAUCAAGAUACCCAAUCGCCAUCAGAAUCAAAAUCAGAUUUUCAAUACGAAAAUGACAAUUCGGAUGAGGAAAAUAAUUACAGCAACUCAAAUAAUAAAGAAUUAUCUUCGCCCGUUAAGAUGAAUAAAAUGUCUGAGGAAGAGAGUGGAACGAUUAGAGCGAGAAAUCUAGAUUACAAAGCGGGUAAUAGUAAGGCGCGUAACGAACAUAAUACUUCGAGGGAUUCACCGAGCGUGACGGAGUUCAAAACUUUACUCACGAAUGGCAUUUCGCUGCUCAAAGGAUCAAGCAGCACAAUCCGCGAUUUGAGCGAGGUUCUCUUGGAUAAAAACUGGGAGAGGUACAAGCAGAGGAGUCUGCUGACUUUUGCCAGUACACUUAUUGCAGGAGCUAAGUCGUUAAACGUGGAACCGCAGGAUUACCGAAAUGACAUCUUUACUUACCGCCAUGACAAUGAUGCGAUAAUCAUAGAAAUAGUGAGCAUGCAGCUCUUGGAUGAAAGUUACGUCAUGCAGGACGAUGAGAUAAAGUUACUUUAUGUAGAAUAUUCUUUCCUCGGAAAUCAUGGCGAAGAUAUGGAGACCAUUUCCGUGAAGAAACCAAAAACGGGUGCUCAAGAAAUAGUCUACAAUUACAAGAAAAAAUUUUGGAUAAAUGAAGUGACACAUCCCGUACAACGAGAGAAGUUGCGCGUUAUGUUGGCCGAAGAUAUAAGUCCUAAUAUCAAUUUUACUAUUAUUAGCGAACCAUUACCCAUCGAAAGGGAAAUUAAAGAUUGCGAGGAAAUUGGUUAUGCAACUUUUAAUCUAAAAAAAUACGCGCUUGGUAGUGAAAGCAAAUAUAUAUUAUUGCCGAUCAAGGAUAAUCAGAACAGACAAAUUGGAACACUGAAGAUCUCUGUGUCUGGUAUGCAUGCCAUUCGACAAUGUUUACCAAAAAUAAGAUAGAGCAAUUGGAAUAGAUGCAGAUAGUAAUGUGGGAGGCGAGUAUUGCAUGCACUUAGAUUAUUAGAAGAUGAUCGAAUUGAAGUCGAAAGAGCAAUGUUCUGCCUCAAGAAGAACUUAAAACUUUUAAUUAUGUGAAAGUUUAUUUAAAAUUGUCUACAUAUUUUCUAAUACAUUAAAUUAUGUUGUGAUGUCAUAUUGAUAAAUAAUAUCGAUACAUUUAUUAAUCUUUAAACAACACGAGGCUCGUACUUUCAUGAGCUUAUAUAAAUUAUUGUUGGUUUACAAAA